ACUCUGAACUAACGAAGAGCAAUGCCGAGGAAGACAGUGAUGAGGAGAGUGAGAUGGUGGAGGAGGAGGACGACGAAGAUGAGGACAGUGAGGAAGACCCUAAGAAAAAGAAAGGGAAGGAUAAAAAGGAGGCCUCCAAAGCCAUGGCUGGUAAGAAGCAGGGGAAAGGGAAAAAGGUGCUGUCGGAAGAGGAGGAGGAAGAGGAGGAGGAGGAAGAUUAUUCUGCAAAGAAAAAGAAGAAGGACUUGCACCUCAAAGGUGCCUCCCACCUGGUGAUGGGGCUGGCGGGCGAUGAUGCCAAGAAGAAGAAGGGGGCAAAGAAAGAGCAUGCCAAGGCUCAGCUGAAAGGGGCUACCAAGGCUAUGGCUGGUCUAGCUAGGAGGGAAGUGGAACCGCCCAAGUCCAAAAUGAAGAAGAGCCUGAAGAGUGCAUCCAAGCUCUUCAUGGGCUUCAAGAGGCUAGGCCUGAAGCGCUCCAAGAAGGGCCAGUUCAAGAACACCUCCCGGUUUUUCUGGGGGCUGAAUAAAUACAGCACGAAGAAGAGGAUGAAGAAGAACAAGGCAGUGCUGAAAUCCACCUCCAACCUCAUGAUGCGCUUCAAGAGUAUAGGGAAGAAGAAGAAGAAGAAGAAAGAGGAGGCCAGUGGCAACCCGAAAAAGCCCUCUUUCCUGCUGAUACGGCUGGGAUUGGGCGGCGAGAAACCUAAGGAGGAAGGUGGGUUCUUCAGCAGCCUCUUCCGCCGGAGGAGAACGAAAGAGAAAUUCAAACCCCGGGCUCAGAUCCUGAGCAAAGCUGCUGCCGCCACCGGCUGGCUGACAAGAAAGUUCCUGUCCAAACGGGCCAGGCUUACCUACAAUGAGAGGUCCAUGAAUGAGGCCUGGCUGUCUAGGAUUGGAGCUAAGAAACUCCCCUUCCCCUCAGAGGACGAGAUUCUGAGGCACCGAGCCAACAUGAAAAGGUUCUCUGGAGCCAGGAGGCUCUAUGGUCAAGGGGAAGAGGAAUAUGGCUACCAGCCAAAUUUUGAACAUGGCGGCCUUGUGAGGCAGCCCUCUGGGAGGUUCUCACAGCCCGGGCCAAGCGGGUAUGAGGGCCCUGCAGUCCCACUGGACUAUUACAACUGUUACCAGGAUGACAGCAGCUUUUACGACCCGCAGGCCCCAGCUCAGUAUGGCUACCCUGAGGAGGAAAGCUACCUCCAGGCACCAACUGACUAUGCAGACGGACACGACUUUCAUAACAGAAGGGUAUCUGAUUAUGAGGACGACCCUGGAUAUGAUAGGGAAGAAGAAUAUGAGCUUUAUGAAGAGCCCAUGGACUACUACGACGAUCCGCUGCAAAACCAGUCUGACUACUACGACUAUGAAGACCAGGAUUAUGAGUCACCUUCUGGCUAUUCACCAUAUGAACCCUAUGACCAAUAUAGGAGCGAUAUGGAUUACUACGAAGAGCAAGCAGGGCCAUACAGCUCUUUUGAAGACAGAUAUGGUCCUUCUGGAGGGCCCUACAACCUGAGGGUAGAUGAAAUGGGCUAUCUGGAUGAUUAUUCCCCUCAGCAUGAAAUCAGUUAUAGCGAAUACGAAUGGGACCCUCCAGCUCAGUCUUCCUAUAACCCUUAUGCGUAUCCCUUGGACGAUAUAACGGAGAUGGAUGAGCCAGAGGAGUUGGCGGAUGAGAAUGGAGAUUAUCCUUUUAUGCUCCCUAAUUCUUCCUUCUUUGAGCAGCAGGGGAUCGAAGAAACGUUGCCUUCUAAACUGUCGUUAAACAGGAAGUUCAGGCUCUUCCCCAGGCCGCAGGUGAAGCUAUUUGGCAGAGACAAACUUGAUGUUCCCCUCCCUCCUUCUCCGCAUAUUUCCCUUGCCGGCGUAGAUCAAGAUGAGGAUGACUACGGUGAAUACGAGCCGCUGGCGCCUCCCUUUGCCCAGUUCAGUGUUGGGGAUCCCCAACCCUCAGUGACAUACGGCCGUGUUGGCCAGGAUCAUGGCCGCCGGCUUCCAAGGCCUCACUCUCCAAAGUCAAUGGGAAGCAGGUUCGACCCUGGUGGCCAGCAAGGCAAUGUCCAGGGGGCGCAUUUGCAAAGCUUCUCUCCGCGAGGAUGUGGGAGCCCCCUAGGACAGUUCUUACAAAGAUCCCUCACACAACCAAAACCCAUUUUAAAACACCGUGGGAGCGAGGUGAAGGGCAGGCCUCCCACGCCCUCUCCAGUAAGGAGGGCAACAUCUUUGUCAUUUGGUGAGAGCGGGCCUCUGAGGCCACCUUCCCCUCAGCCAUCAAUUAGACACGGCGACAUGCCAAGUUCCACCUCUUCCCCGAAACUUAGCAGGCAGUGUAGGAGUCCAGAGAGACAGAGCUUUCAUCACUCUUCUCCACAGCCCUCUGUAAGACGUUUUGACAUCCCCCAGGAGAAAUCACAUGACCGGCAUCCAUUUAUUGAGCCGUCCUAUAAAAAGUUUGGCCAUAAAUUAGCAGGGAUGGAGACCUUAGAGUCGGCACCUCUCUUGCCUAUGAGGAAAUUCGAUUACACAGUCAGUAACAACAACAACUCCCAAAGGCCUCCCUCCCCUCAGCCUUUAAGGAGAGUAGGAAGCAGAAGCAGUCUGGAGCUCCUCAGGCCACCGUCUCAUUCUUCUAUGUGGCAGAGACCCCCUUCUCCAAAACCCAGUGUGAAAAGGCUCAACUUUAACCAGCCACAGGCGGAUUUUCAAAAGCCAGAGACGAACAACCCCUUUCUGCAGCAGUUCGGCAGCCACAUGACUGGGAAGUCUCCACAGCUUCCCUCUUACCAGUCACCAAUGAGACCCAGAAGUCCCCCUCCCUCACCGCGAUCCUCUCUGAGGAUGAAGAGCCCUCCCCCUGCUCCUCCUCGCUCUUUGAGGAGACCAGGGUCUCCAGUGGCCAGAGAAAAUGUCUCCUCUCCUCCUCGAUCAUGGAGACAAAACUCCUCCACCGCUGGGAGCACAGCACCUAUAGAUUCCACCUUCCAGCCCAUGUCAUCUCCUAGGCCAACAGCUCAUAACCCAUUCAUGAGUCAGAGGAGUUGGUCUCCACAGCCUGUGCUAAAGCACGUCAAUAGCACAAGGGGUGAGCCAUCUUCCAGCCUGCCGUCCCCACAGCCCACCCUCAAAUCCAGCUCAUCGAGGUUUCAAAUGUUUGGCUCAACCCCCCAAGGCACUCCCCCUGCCACGCUGCCUAGGAGCUUAGCCCCUCCAGGGCUCCAUAAUCCUGCCCCUGGGGAACUGAAAGCACCCUCUUCACCUCACCCAUCCCUGAGGCAGUUUGGGUCUCCUCCUGAGGCAAGGUCCCCUAGCUUUUCGGCCAGGGGCGCUGGGAGCAUACGGUCAUCUUCCCCUCAGCUAUCAAGGAGACUGAGGCGCUCGCCCGUGGAAAUACAUAGGCGGCUCCCCCAGGCUUGGAACAGGCAGCCCGAGCCUCCAACUAAAGCAGUGAAGCCUUUAAUGAGGAACUCGUUUCUGAAGCAGUUGGGCCGUCCAGCGGGAGCUCAGUCUCCCAUUCCACCAUCCCCGAUGCCGUCCGUCAGAGGCGGGCCGCCUCCCCGGGGAUUGGCAAGAACACCCUCCCCUCAGAUGCUGACACGCCAAGGAAGCCAUCGUGUUACCAUCAAAGACUCUCCUAACUUUCUACCUGGCUGGUCCCCGUCCCCCAUGGAUGCUAAUGGGCCGGCGGGGGAGCUGCCUGCACGGCCGCGUUGGGACAGGGCUUCUGGGAACGAAAUGCCAGCUCAGCGAACUCCAUCACCCAAGAUGGCAGGAGGCGGAAGCAUGAGGAACAUUUCAAAGCUACCUCCACCUCCCAGCCCUGCUCCUGGGAUCCCUAAUGCAUUUAUCAAACGCAUCGGCCAGCCUCUGGCUGGGAUGACCCAGACCCCUUCCACGAGGAGGCCUUCUCCUGCAGAAACCAGCAGCAUGCUUGCAGGUGAAGCAGGAGGUAGGAAUGCAUUCCUGAAACGGUUUGGACAGCCAGUGGCAGGUCAGACAUUAGGACCCACAGCUCUCCAAUUCUCAGUGAGAGAGGGCGGACAUGUAGCCCAGGGACAACGCCCACCAUCACCGACAGAUCCUAGACGCCCCCUUGGUAGGAGCCCUUCUCAGAAGCCGGCCUCCCCUGCUCCGUCCCUAAAACAUGCUACGAUGCCAAUGGGAGAAGCAAACAGGCCACGGUCACCUACCCCAAACUGGGCGCAUAAGGUUCCGGGUGGGAAUUUGUCUUAUUCGGCCACCUGCAGCCCCCACGCUGUGCUGAAAGGCAAAGCAAAUCUGGGCCCUCAAUCGCAAAGAACUGUGGCCUUCAAAGGCCCACAUUCUGUGACGGGAGCUGGCCCCUCCUUUGCCGGGUCCCCAUCCCUGCAGGAAGCAUGCAGCAGACCAGCAAAACUCCCUGCUGAGCUCUUUGAGAACGAGGACAUGUCAGGGGAGGACGGCGUGGGGAGGUACGCCGUUGUCAUGCCGCAGGUCCAGAGGCUGGGCACCUUCAGAAGGAUGUCCUACAUGCACAAGCAGCACUGGUCUAAGCAGCAGAUGGUGAACGUCCGUGCGUCACCCAGCCCGUGGUCUUCUGAGAAACUGCUUCAUAACCCUCCCACUGAGAGCCUGAACAGGUGGUCGGGCCGGAGAGGAGACAGCACUGCUGGGUACCUGACCCACCGAUCCUCAGUGCAGAACCGGGGUGAUGGGAACCACUGGGAGCGUGGGAACACGGGCAAAAAACCGCCCUGGCACGAUAAGGUAAUUUCAGGGAUUUGGGCCAGUUUGGUGCAUUUAGAGCAGAAUCCAGACCUGGGGCCAGUUUACAUUGUACUAAACCCACAGGGGUUAGGAGCUACGGUGAUGAUUGAAAAAGCUCCAGGGUUUAUUGUCUGCUCUUCCAAGCUGAUGCACUCCAUCCACAACCUGCCGUCCAGGAGCCCCCGAGAAGAGCCGAAGGAAGAUGGCGUGGAGGACAUGACCCAGCUGCAGGACCUCCAGGAGGGGGCAGUGCUGCAGAACAUCAAGACGAGGUUUGACCGUGAGUUAAUCUAUACCUACAUAGGCAGCAUCUUAGUGUCCGUGAACCCCUACAAAAUGUACAACAUCUACGGGACGGAGCAGGUGCUGCAGUAUGAAGGAAGGGCGCUGGGAGAGAAUCCCCCGCACCUCUUUGCUAUUGCAAAUGUCGCCUACACCAAAAUGAUGGAUGCCAAACACAACCAGUGUAUUAUCAUCAGUGGCGAAAGUGGUUCAGGCAAAACGGAAGCCACCAAGCUGGUCCUGCGUUACCUGGCAGCGGUCAAUCAGAAACGCAACGUGAUGCAGCAGAUCCUCGAAGCGACCCCCCUGCUGGAAUCCUUCGGAAAUGCCAAAACAGUGAGGAACGACAACUCCAGCAGGUUUGGGAAAUUUGUGGAAAUCUUUCUGGAGGAAGGCUUGAUCUGUGGUGCCAUAACCUCACAGUACCUUCUUGAGAAAUCAAGGAUCGUGUUUCAGGCCAAAAACGAAAGGAACUAUCACAUAUUCUAUGAGAUGCUGGCUGGCCUUCCUGCUCAGCAGAAGCAGCAAUUCUGCCUUCAAGAUGCAGAAACGUACUAUUACCUGAACCAGGGGGGUAACUGCGAGAUUCCUGGCAAGAGUGAUGCUGAGGAUUUCCGGAGGUUGCUCAGUGCCAUGGAGAUCCUGAACUUCAGCACCGAGGACCAGAACAGCAUCUUCCGAAUUCUGUCUUCCAUCCUCCACCUGGGGAACGUCUACUUUGAAAAAUAUGAGACAGACUGCCAGGAGGUCGCAUCGGUGGUGAGUGCAAGAGAGAUCCGUGCGGUAGCCGAGCUGCUCCAGAUCUCUCCAGAGGGGCUGCAGAAGGCCAUCACGUUCAAAGUGACGGAAACGCUGAGGGAGAAGAUUUUCACCCCCCUCACUGUGGAAAGUGCCGUUGAUGCCAGAGAUGCCAUUGCCAAGAUCCUGUACUCCCUGCUCUUCAGUUGGCUCACGGACAGGAUUAACAAGCUGGUCUACCCUAAAAAGGAGGCGCUUUCCAUAGCCAUUCUGGAUAUCUAUGGGUUCGAGGACCUCAGCUUUAACAGCUUCGAGCAGCUAUGUAUCAAUUAUGCAAACGAAUAUCUGCAAUUCUUCUUCAACAAGAUCGUCUUUAAGGAGGAGCAGGAGGAGUACGUCCGGGAACAGAUAGAGUGGAAAGAAAUCACCUUCAGCGACAACCAGCCCUGCAUCGAUCUCAUUGCUCAAAAGCCACAUGGGAUUCUGAGGAUCCUGGAUGAUCAGAGCUCCUUCCCUCAGGCCACCGACCAUACCUUCCUCCAGAAGUGUCAUUACCACCACGGCUCCAAUGCAUUAUACACCAAACCAAAGAUGCCUCUCCCAGAGUUCACCAUCAAACACUUUGCUGGCAAAGUAACCUACCAGGUGCACAAGUUCCUGGAUAAAAACUAUGAUCAAGUUCGCCAGGACGUGCUGGACCUUUUUGUCAACAGCAAAACCAAAGUGGUGGCCAACCUCUUCUUCGGCCAUGCCCAGUUGGUGGCCCAGCAGAGGACCAUGAUGGGGAAGAACAGCACAGUCACCCGGCGGUAUAAAGCACCGACGGUGGCAGCUAAAUUCCAGCAGUCACUCCUGGACUUGGUGGAGAAGAUGGAGAGGUGCAACCCGUUCUUCGUCCGCUGCCUCAAACCCAACAACAAGAAGGAGCCAGCUGUCUUCGAGGCGGACAUUGUCAGCAGCCAGCUCCGGUACUCUGGAAUCCUCGAGACCAUCCGCAUCCGCAAAGAGGGCUUCCCGGUUCGCAUCCCCUUCCAGAUCUUCAUCGACAGGUACAGGUGCCUCGUAGACAUCCGGCCUGGCAUCACCCCCGAUGGUGUGAGCUGCGUGGAGGUGCUGAAGAAGCUGUGUGCUGUGAGUCCCACCACGUACUGCAUUGGAGUCAGCAAGCUGUUCAUGAAGGAGCACCUGUACCAGCUGCUGGAGAGCAGGCGGGACCGUGCCCUGCACCGGGCAGCGCUCACCCUGCAGCACUACGCCCGCGCCUUCUUCAUCAAGAAACGCUUCCGCUCGCUGCGCCGCAAGAUCGUCCUCCUCCAAAGCCAGUCCCGGGGCUACCUGGCCAGGCAGAGGUACAAGCGGCUGAGGAAGAGUCUGAUCAAGUUCAGGUCCCUGGUGCACAUGUACGUGAAUCGCAGGAGGUACCUCAAGGUGAGAGCAAGCGGCUGGCGCGGCGGAAUGGCAGGGGAGGGGAGGGGAGAGGGUCGUGAGCUGACCAAGAGGGAGGUGGUGGAUGUAACGCACCUGGAAGUCCCCGCUGAGUUGGCGGGGCUGCUGGAGCUGGCGGCAGCUCACAAGCCGGUGAAUGCUCAGUGCGUCGUUCCGGUCCCUGCGCCCAAACUGCAAACGGACUCCCGGCUCACCCUGCCACUCGACAUCAACAACUACCCCAUGGCCAAGUAUGUGCGGGUCCACUUCCAGGAGCCGUUGUUCGGGAUGCUCACCGCGCCACUGGCGUCCCCGCUGACCCAGUUGGAGGAGGAGCUGGUGCAGGAAGCGCUCAGUCUGUUCAAACUGAUUCUGCGCUUCAUGGGCGACCCGCACCUCGGCGGCACCCCGGAGAGCCUGUUUGGGAACUACAUCGUGCAGAAGGGGCUCUGGGCGCCGGGCCUGCGGGACGAGAUCCUGGCUCAGAUCGCUAACCAGGUGUGGCGCAACACCAACGUCAACAACGAGGAGCGGGGCUGGCUCCUCCUGGCCGCCUGCCUCAGUGGCUUUGCCCCCUCUGCCGGCCUGGAGAAACACCUGCUCAAGUUUGUUUCCGACUACGCCUUUGAUGGCUACAAGCCGGUGUGCCAGCACAAGCUGAUGCAGGCCAUGCUGAGGUCCCAGCUUGGCCCUGAGGCGGCCCGUGCCUACCCACCGUCGCUGCUUGAGUGGACAGCCAACAGGCAGAGAGCAAGCAUGGCCUUGGACGUCUACUGCUUCAACGGUGACUACUUCUCCUGCCCCAUCCAUUCCUGGAGCACAGGGGAGGAGCUAGCAGGGGACGUGCUGAAGCACAGGGGGCUGACGGAAGGCUGGAGGGGCUGGUCCAUCUCCAUGAAGGAUGGCGCCCAGUGGGCCGAGCUGGCUGGCCACGAUUACAUCCUGGACCUCGUUUCCGACCUGGAGCUGCCCAGGGGCUUCCCCAAGCAGAAAUCUUAUUUCAUCGUCGCUUCAGAGGGGGUGGACAAGGGCAGCAGCGCUGCCAGCACAGUAUUCGGACAAGGCUUGGAUUCGGACGAGGAAGUCCCUCCUCCCCCACUCACAAAGGCCCCCACUCUGCCGCCUCCAAACACCCCUGACUCAGAUGGAUAUUACAGUCGUGCAGAUUCCGACACCGUCAGCGAAGCUCGAACACACAAGGGGUUGGAUCGUUACCUGGACAGUCUGUUUGACCCGGUCCUGUCCUAUGGGAAUGGGGACUUGGAGAAGCCGGCUGCUGUCUCCCGGAAGAUGAAAGGAGGAGGCCGAGUAGGAGGUGGGGGCAGCAAUGUGGACCAAGGCAGUGCCAGAACACCCAUGGAGAUGCCCCAGCAGACUGGUUUGCAGGAGCCCGGCUUGGUGCCGCAGCGCGACCACAUCAAGCAGCAGGCCCUGCUCCGGGCUCGUCAGAUCACCAGGCAGCAGCAGCAGGCAGACGGCACAGCCUCCCCCAACGCCUCCCAGGCCACCAGCCCCAGACCUGCCGACCGAGCCCCCAGCACAGUCCAGAGCGCGCCCGGCACGGCACUGCCGCAGCAGAGGACAGCUGUGAGCAGGACACCAGCCAGGACGGCGGCCUUCUUGCAGAAAGCCGCUCCUGCCUCCAGGCUGCGGGCCGGCGAGCUGGUGCGCCCGGCCAAGCUGAGCUCGCAGCACUUCCCCGAGCCCACACAGCACAUUAAGAACAUCAUUAAGCAGUGCCAGCGGCCCGCCAGGCUCCCCGAGCCCAUCAGGAAGGAAGGUGGGAAGGUCUUUCUGAAGAAGAUGGAUCCCCAUGAGGAGGCCAUGAUGAUCUUAAAGGGGCAGAUGUCAGGGGUGCCGGGCCCCCCAACAGCCGCUCCGGUGGCCAAGGAAGCAGUAGCCAUGGUGAAGCCUGUUACCAGCACCAAGAGGCCUUCGCCGCCAUCACCAGCCGCUGUUCCCUCACCGGCUGCCACGGCCAGGUCUUCUCCAGUGUCGCCUCCAGUCACAGUCUCCCGGGAGCUCCCGGCCGAGCGCGAGCAGGUCCAGACGCAGCUGCACCGGUGCUGCAGCGAGGAGUUCUACGCCUACCGCAACGUGUCCUGGAAGAUAUACAUCCGGAAAGAGGUGUUCUAUCCAAAGGAUAACUUCAACAACCCUUUGUUGCUGGAUCUCAUUUUCAGACAGAUCUUCCACGACACGCUCUCUGAUGCCUGCCUCAGGAUCACCCCGGAGGAGCGGCUGCGCAUGAGAUCCCUCUUCGCGGAAAACAAGCUGGACUCAUUCAGCCCGGUGGCCGAUGACAGCGUUAAGAAGGAGAUUGUGAUUGCAGCCCGGGACGGCUGGGAGGUUUACUUCGCACGCCUCUUCCCCGCCACGGGCAGCGUUGGCACGGGGGUGCAGAUCCUGGCAGUGUCCCACACGGGGAUUAAACUGCUGCGGCUGGUCAAGGGCACCAACGUGCCCGGGGAGCAGCUACGGGUGCUGCGGGGCUACAGCUACACCGAUAUCCUGUUCGUGACCAUCCCCUCCAAGCAGAUGCUGGAGUUCAACCUGACCAACGAGAAGCUCAUCCUCUUCUCCCCCAAAGCCCCCCAGGUGAAGGCCAUGAUCGACUAUUUCAUCAUGGAGCUCAAGAAGGACUCGCAGUACGUGGUUGCCGUGAAGAGCUACGUUACAGAUGACAGGAGCCUGUUGAGUUUCCACAAGGGGGACAUCAUCCACCUGCAGCCACUGGAGCAGCCUGAAAGAGACCACUGGCAGGGAUGUGUGGUCCGCAAGAAGGUGACGUACCUGGAGGAGCUGAAGAGGGGCACCCAGGACUUUGGGUGGAAAUUCGGUGCCAUCCAUGGGAGGUCGGGGCGCUUCCCCGCCGAGUACGUCCAGCCUGUGGCAGCCCCAGAUUUUAUCCACCUGCCAGCGGACAGGAAAGAGGAGCCCAAGAACAAGCAGGGCAAGGUGGCGGCCUCGGCAGCUGUGGCAGUGGCCGUGGCCUCCACGGCCGUGGCGCAGGAGCUGGACAGGAAGAUCGAGGUGUCCCCCGUGGGCAGCGACUAUGCGGAGAGCGUGGAGGAGUAUGGCGGCGAGCUUCCUGGGGACAGUGCCCUGCAGGGUGGGCAGUUCCCCAUGCAGGAGUUUGCCAAGAAGUAUUUCCGGGAGGCGCAGAGGACAAAGACGGAUUCCUGCAAGCAGAAAUCCCGGAAAGGGAAGGACUCACCGGACGUAGCGGAGAUGCUGAAAUUCACCAAGUGCCCGCUCCAGGAGUCGCUGAUCGAAUUCCCUGACAGCUGCCUGAACAGAGCCGCAGCCGAGGCCUUCCAAGCCGUGAUGAAGUUCAUGGGCGACUGGCCUCUCAAGGGGCAGACGGAGCUGGACGUCGUCUGUGCUGUGCUCAAGCUGUGCGCUGACCAGGAAGUCAUGAGGGAUGAAGUGUAUUGCCAGAUCGUCAAGCAGACCACGGACAACACCAGCCCCAAGAUGGACAGCUGUCAGAAGGGAUGGCGGCUGCUCUAUAUCCUGACCGCCUACUACAAGUGCUCUGAGGUCCUGAAGCCCUACCUGCUGUGGCACCUCCAGGAGACCUGCAGGAGCCCGGGGGCGCAGUUCCAAGGGAUCGCGAAGGCCUGCGAGCAGAACCUCAGGAAGACCUUCCAGUUUGGUGGCCGGCGCGAAUUUCCCAGCAGCAUGGAGCUCAAAGCCAUGGUGGCCGGCCGGAGCGCCAAACGCCAGCUGUUUCUCCUGCCGGGAGGGAUCGAGAGGCACCUGAAGAUCAAAACGUGCUCGGUUGCGCUGGACGUGAUCGAGGAGAUGUGCUAUGAAAUGGGGCUGCAUCGGCCCGAGGCCUUUGACGAAUACGUCAUCUUCGCUGUUACCAACGGAGGUCAGAAUGUCCGCCCCGUCAGCAGACGGGAGUAUAUCCUUGACGUGGCCACGGAGAUGGAGCAAGUGGACAACAGCUACAUGUUCUGGUACCGGCGCGUCAUCUGGACCCAGCCGCUGAAAUUUGACAACGAGCUGUAUGUCACCAUGCAUUAUAACCAGGUCCUGCCUGAUUAUCUCAAGGGGCUUUUCAACAUCCUACCUCCCCUGCAACCCAGCGAACAGCAGUGCCAGCAGGUCUCCAAACUGGCAGCCCUCCAGCACCGGGCCAAGGACAGCAUGUACCUGCCCACCAUCCACGAGGUGCAGGGUUACGUCCCGCCCCAGUUCUGCCGAGCGCUGAAGGCUCAGUCGUGGCUCAACGUGGUGCUGCAGCGUAUGCCACAGGUCCAGGCCCUGAGCGCCCAUCAGGCCAGAGCUCAGUUCCUAGGGCUCCUGAGCGCCUUCCCCACGUUCGGCUCUUCCUUCUUCUACAUCCAGAGCUGCAGUAACAACACCAUCGUCUCGCCGUGCAUCCUGGCCGUCAACCAGAACGGCCUCCACUUCCUCAACAAGGACACCCACGAGCUGAUUGUGAAGUUCUCGCUGAAGGAGAUUCAGUCCACGAGGACCCAGCGGCCCACGGCCGGCUCCAGCUACCCCUACGUGGAGAUCGUGCUGGGAGACUUGAUGUCACAGAGGAUGACACAGCUGCAGCUGGAGCAGGGCCUAGAGUUGUGCCGCGUGAUCGCCACCCACAUGGAGAGUCUGUUGUACGCUCGCGAGAAGAGACUCACCCUCCCGCCCAGUGAGAUUACGUUGCUCUGAUCAGGCAUGUUACACACUCGCACACUCCCUCCCUAACAGCUACUUGAGUGAAAGCCAGCAUGGAGAUAAGCAAAUAUCUCUGUGUCCUGGGAGAGGCAACGUAGACUAAAUAUAGACACUGAUGGGACAGAUUCCCAGCUGGUUCGAGUUAGCAUAGCCCCACUGAUUUCAGUGGCUUGGGGCUGGGAUGGGGGACUUACAGACCAUAUGUGAGGUCUGAGCAGUGAAGAGCGUGGGGAAUGCAGUCUGGCCAGUUAACAGGUGAACACAGAUGCCUUAAUUUAUGUUUAAUAACUGCCCUCCUGGACAUAGGGCGUGACCUUUUUCCAGAAUCAAAUGUAUUUAAUCCAUUAUUUUAGUAGCAACAUAUUAACAGAUUGUCUUUGAGCUGGACAUGCCCAGUUUUGCACAUCUGCCUGUACCAAGGACCUGGCAAUCCAACUGCUCGCGUGGUGCAUACACCAGAUGGCUUUUAUUUGUGUUCGCUCCCGGUUUUUUGGUCUUGUUUGUCCUGUGAUCUAAUUCUCAUUUUUAUAAGUGUCAUUGGCGCCUGUAUUUGUAUACUGGUCUGUAGCGCUGGCCCUGUAAAUGGCUUCCCGUUUUUGUAACUUUUUUGCACUCAACGUUGCUUUGAGAUUUUAUUUUUGUUUCUAAUUUGUGCAAAAUUAAAAAUUCCUUU